UGCAGGAUGCAAAUGAACUGAGCUGUGACACUUAUCAGCUGUUUCGGGCUUGACAUCCACCGCACUACGGACGAAAACGUAUAAAAGCUUUACAGGAGCGCCAGUGGGCACCCAUUUAGCCAAUUUUGUUUUCCUUAGCUGUUGCUUAGCAGCAGUUAAUCAUCAUGGUAUUUUAUUGUUCUGCGCUGUGACUGUGACAUCAGAUAUUCAAACACACCCACAAAGCAUUUCCGCAUUUGUUGUAAUCAGCUGACCGGGUUACAAGAAGUUAGAAUCAUAAGAAUGCUAGACGUUGGAACAUUGACAAGCCGACUGAAAUCUGCAAUGAAAUCUUUACUUAUCGGUACCAAAUCAGAACCUGAUUAUUCAUUGAUCAUAGAAACAGAUUUUGAACACGAAAAACACUACGCUAAAUUGGGUACGUAGAUUUAUUGGACUUCGCCGUUAUUUACUACACUUACUGUUAUAAAUUUAAAUUUUUUGUCUGCUAUUGAUUUAUUGAUUGACUAUUACUAUUGCUUGUGUUAUGCUGCUAAGAAUAGAUUAUGAGUCAAAUAAUGCGCGAGUGAAUAAGAAUAGUUUAUGAGUAAGACAGUUAAUUUUUUAUUCAGUGUGAAUGUAUGAACUUAAUGAAAAUGUGAACGUAAUAAAUUUAAAUAAAAAUGUAAAGCUAGAAGUCAUUAGAAUUAGAGUAGAGUCAUCAUUGUCACAUUAAUUAAUGAUUAUUCUUUGUAAUAAACAAAUUAUUAUUUAUAAAUUACAAUUUAAUACUUUUUUAGGUAUUUCAUAAAUAAUUAAAAUUAAAUAAUAAUAAUAUUAACAUUUUUAAUAAUAAUUAGAUCUACUUUUUCCUUAAAUAAUAUUCUGUAAAAUACAGUUUUUUGUUACGUUUCUCACUGUCACUACUAUGGCCUAUCCUAGUUGAUUGGUAGCAGGUAGCUAAAAUUAAAACUAAAGUAUCUACUAUCUACCACUCAGGACUAUUGACAAAGAAAAUAAUUCAAAUUAUAAAUAUUAUUGACAUUUAUUUGCCUUUCACGUUUCUAAAAAGUAAAGCUAAAAUUAAAAUAGAGAAAUACUUUUACUAAUAUUAUACCUGUUCUAUAAUUUAUAAUAUUAGAAAAACUUUUAGAGCUAAACUAAUACUAAUACUAAAAUGGCCAUAUUAUGCCAUAAUGCUUCAUCCCUAAAAUUGUUGUCAUUGUCAUUGGACUUUUUCAAAUUUAAAUAGUUCUAUUUAAUUAAAUAUAUUUUAAUCCUGCCUUAACAAUUAGGCCUGAAUACAGUAAACUCUAUUAUCUUGACAACUGGCAGAAGUAAAGACAUGUUAACAUUUAAAAUAAAUAUUAAUAUGCUCAAUUUUAAAUUUAAAACUUUCAAAAUGACUUUUUUCAGAAUUAUGAAAUGACUCAUAUCCUUAGCUUUAAUAAAAGUUGCUUUUAAAAAAGAUAAAAAAAUAUUUCUGUAAAUGUUUAUAAAAAAAAAAAAGUUUAAAAAAAAAAAAUAAUUUCAUAAUGUUGUUAUUGACAAUAGUAAAAUAUAUACAUACAUCAAAUUUUUAAGUGGCAACUAUUUUUACUAUUUACAGAUGAAAAGAACCCAAAUAUGAACAGCUAUGGAGAUUUCCAAGAUUCUAUUGAGUAUCAAACCUGUCACUCAAUUCAGAAGGAAAUAGAAGCAGCAAUCACUGAAUCCUGUGAGAAAGAAAGUAAAUGCAAAAUUAUUUUUCCCUCUGACUUGAUGUCACGUGUCUCUCAAGACGUUCUUCGUAUGUCGAUGGCGGAACCUUGUGGUGUACGUGGCUGCGCCAUAUACAUUUUGCUAGAUGAAAAGAAUAAACCUAGAAAAAUAGCAACCAUUUUCGGAAACCCAUCAACACCACCAACCUUUGAAAUUUAUCUUACACUAAAAGAAGAAAAUAAAGGCUGGAGAAAGUUGCAGAAAGUUUACCUUACUAUCAAAAGUUGUAUUCAGAACACUCAAUGGACUGCAAUGCCUAAAAUUCUUUGUUCAGCCUAUCAGUUAGAGAAAAGAAGACUCUAUCGGCGAAUCAGCCAAAAAGAUUAUGCCAGUCCUGGACAUGAAGAGUUCUGAAUUAUUCACCUUCGGGGAUGUGCAAUCUUUUCAUUUUGAAUAGGAUGGAUGUGAAAUCCUAAAUUUCAAAAAGACUGCUUAAAAUUACUAUCAGGGAUUAUAUAAGAAGUUAAACAACAAGUUAAUGUUUUGAGAGUUAAUUGUUCCAGUGACAGUUUUAAUUUGAACUUAAAAUUAUGUUUUAUGAAGUAUUCACAGUUGCUUUUCAUUGUUACAUGCAGGCAUUUUAUAACAGUUAUUUCUGUUACUUAAUUACUCCAAAUUCUUAAGAUAUAAAUUUGUGAUGCUUGUAAAUAAUAAUCUCAGGUAAUUUAAAUAAAUGAAUAUGCAAAAUGAAAGUGAUGAUGUUGAUGCUGUUCUGAAUGAGCAAAAAAGUUUAUAAUAUUAGUUAUCAUCUUUUUUUAGGUCACUAACUAUAUAGUGCAAUUUAAAUUUUUUUAUUUCAUCUUUUGUUAUAUUGAUGUAUUUAUUUAUGAUCAUUAGUUCUUCCAAUCCUCAACUUGUGCCAUAUUGAUUUUUUAAAAUUUUAAAUAUUUUGAAGUGCAAUUAUCUUUAAUUUUAUCCUAACAAAAUAAAUGAUUGUAGCAUAUCACAAUAUAUCAUAGAAGCCUACCCAAUUGUAACCAAAGCUGUUUUGCUUUUGGAAAUAAAGUUGUGACCUUAGGCUUCAAGAAGUUGCAUCACUGAACAUUAAUUAACAAUUGAAGAAUCUCAUUAUUUUGUUUUAUCAUUUCAUAAAUAUAUCUCUAAAAACAUUUUUAUGAAAAUACUAAAAAUAUUUCUUUUUAUGAAGCUGCCAUUUCAAGUUUCAAAUAAGAGUAUCCUUAUUAAUUAAUUCUAUUCACAGUUAAGAAAGAUUAAAUUAGUUAGUAGAUUUGACUCCUUUCAAUCCAGAAAGUCAUCAAUUGAGAUUCUUUGAUGCUUUUCAUUUUAAAUUAGUAUUGGAUAUACAAUUUCUACAUGUAAAACAUGCUUGCUCUGUGAUACAAAGGUGUAGUGAUAUAAAUAUGUAGUGAAUUAAUUUUAUGAAUAGUAGGCUGGGUGGCAUUGUGUGCAACAUAGUCGAAAUAGGUAUUUACGUUUAACUUGCAGUUACCUAGCUCUUACUUGUGAUAAUUUAAUGCUUAGGUGUAAAAAUGCCCAACGAAUUGUAAAUAGAAGUGUAGAGAAAAACUUUUACAUUCCCAAGAACUUCUCUAAUGGUCAGUCAUUUAAUAUCCUAGUGGCAAAAUGUUUCAAGAGAUGGUGGGAUUGUAUAGUUUGUAAAAAAAAAAAAAAAUGCUAUUGUCCUUGAUAUUGAAUGAAUAUUGCUCUACAUACAGACAUACUAUGUAAAUGUAAAAUAGAUUCUAAUAUAAAACAUGAUACAUACACUGCAACUUGUUUAUAUAAAAAAUAAAUUGAGUUCCAUUAAAGAUGUUAGGUGCAUAUAAUAUUUCAUGAUGAGUUUAUUUAAUAUUGUUUUCCUCUAGCCUGAUAUUCGUAUGAUAAGUUUAUAACCUUUAAUUAAUUUCAUUCUUACUACCCACUCUAAGUCUUAUUUUAGUUUGUAAAGCUGUGUCACUUAUUAAUUUAUGUAAGUGUUAACAUUUUUUUAGAGCUUAAUUUUUUGAACUAUUAAUAAGAUGAGUAGGAUGAUCGGAUAUUAGCAUUACUUGAAAAAAACAACUUAUUGGUUAGGUGCCUUUUGGAGUAUAGAAUAAUCAGUACAAAUAAAACUCUCUGCUUUAAAUGUCAAAGCAUUUUAGAUUUUAGUUUUACAAAUCUGUAUAUGAUUAUAUCAUAUUUGUUGAUAGCAAGCUGCAUUAUUUUUUUUUCGCCCAUAAUUUUAAAGUUUGUGUUAGAAAUAACUCCAUAAUGUCCUGCUACAUGCAUGCAAACUGAAAUAAGUGCACAGGUUUGUAAAUUACACAGCCAAUAGAGUGUUUUAUUAUUUUUUUAAAGAAAUUUUUACCUCAGUCAUCUGUGUAAUAUUAAUUAUUGAUUUGCAACUAUGUCUUAAGACAACUCUUGUCCUUAUUUUGGUGAGCAGACACAAGUAUAAGUAAUAAUUUAUUUAAAUCAUAUUUAGGUAGGAUAGACAUCUUAGUAACAAAAUAUUGAUAUUAAAAUUUCAGCACUUCCAACAAUAGUCUAUGUCUGUAAAUGUCACAUUUUUAUUUUGAAUCCACCACAGGAGUGGUUUGUACAGUGAGAAUAAAAUUUGAGUAUUACCUCCCCUAAUUUUUUAAAAUUGUCUUCUUUUUCUUUCCAGAUUUUGCAACAUUCUUUGAAAUAAUUAAUAUAUAGUACU